AUGUCUGAAAACUCGUUCAACGAGGUUCCGGACCAGCCACCGCUGAUUCUGCUCGCAGGGGAGAGCGAAGUGCACUGGGCAGCAGCCCAAAUUCAUUCUCAGCCUGCCCCAAGCUCAGUACAACAUUCGCACUCGUCCACUUUUGUGAAAGAGGGCCAAGAAGAAAGACUGACAUGGGAUCCCCCUGAGUUUGAACCAACGGAGACGUUGUCAUCACAAAAGGACAAGGAACAUUCCAGACUACGGAGAGAGAAGAACAGGGGUGCGGCCGCUAGGUGUCGCCUCAGGAGAAGGGACCGAGAAGAGAGACUGAGGAAGAACACGGUUCGUCUGGAGAACGCCAACUCUGGACUCCGUGCGGAGAUAGCGCGGCUACAGCACGAGCUGAAGGGUCUGUCCACACACGCCAUGAGCCACAUGGAACUCUGUCAUCGCGGGGAGGAACACCGAGGAACACACUGGACCACUGACCAGUUAGCCUGGAGAACACCAACUCAGGACUCCGUGCGGAGAUGGCGCGGCUACAGCAUGAACACAUGUCCACACACGUCAUGAGCCACAUGGAAAUCUGUCAUCCCGGGGAGGGACUAGUCUCCAAGCAGACGUGUCAGCAGAAUCUAUUUGUCCAAAUAGGGACAAACAAAGUUGCCAUGAGAUUUCAGUCAGUCUUUUGCAGUCUAUGCAGCUAUCACUGUUCAGCUAUCCGCCAGUCGGUCAGUUAAACCCUUGGCCAAUUAAUCCCUACUAGACUUGUAUUAUUCCUCACAUGGCCAAAGUCCCUUAUUACUAUCCCGCCCUGCUUGAGACUAGAGAGGAACGCUACCACUUGGCAGGCCCUCUUUCCACUAGACAGUGACUGUUGAGCGACCGCACAGCGACCAAAACUGGCUUUGUGUGACCAUAGAUUUCAUCCUUUGAAUGUGACGAAACAUGUGAAAUUAUGCAUGAUUUGCAGGCAACGAAACACACACAUUUUCUUAAAAUUGUUCAGCAUGAAAGAUGUUGAGCGAUCUGUCAAAUUAGUUGCGCAGACUCUGUUUCAAACUAUUUUUCCGGCCUAACUUGUUAAAAUGGCUUGCUGACUCAUUACUUUUUCAUGCAGUACUAGUAACCGAUGUUACUUCUUCUUUUAGACAUAACAUAUCAAAUUGUUGAGUCGUUAUUAACCCAGCCAUUUGAUAUGUUUUGCCUUCCUCAAUUUCUCUUUUAUCCCACAUCAGC